GGUGUACUGUCAGCCCCUUUACUCUGACAGGGAUUAUAGACAGUGCUGCCUUCAGAGAGAGGUUCAGGUGAACAGAGAGACCACAGUACUACAUCAGGUACAAGAGGUCUGUCUUAUUAAGUCAUGGACAAGAAGGCACUGGUCCUGUUUCUCUCUGGUCAGUGUCUUUAUUAAGAUUUUGUUUUUAAAUCCAUAUUUUAGAUUUUAAGUUGACAACAGUUAUCUGGCAGAAUUUUUCAUUUACAAGUAUUUUCACAUAUUGAGCUGGAAUGGAUAUCUAUAGGCUACAGUAGUUUUACAAAAUAUCAUCAUUUGUUUGCUAAAAACAUUUAUAUGUACAGGUACCCUGGUCGAAAAGUGAGCUUUUUGUUUGUUAGCGUCACACUGCAUGGAGAGCACCGUGGCAGAAAGCAAAAUUCCAAGCCUGUUUGUUCUUCUAACAUUGCAAGACAGUCAAGUUUUAAACCAAAGUCUCAAGAUGUGACGUAGAAUGUAAUAAUUCCAUUUAUUGAAUUUGCAUCAGGGAUAUGGGCCCGAUAGAAAAAACAGCCCACUCCUCUCGUAAGGGGCUCUACACUCUCUCCUCAUGCCUUGCUCAUGAGUAUCACUUUGGGAACAUGAAUAAGACCUGGACUGAAGCACAGAGAUACUGCAGAGAGAAGUACACUGACCUGGCCACCAUAGACAACAUGGAGGAUAUGAAGAAGCUGAUCAACACUGUUGUAGACAUUGGUUAUAAUGGUACCGUUUGGAUAGGGCUGAAGAAGGGAGAGUGGCAGUGGUCUCUGGCAGACAGAGAUUACAGUCAGGGAUAUGUCAACUGGGAAGAGAAUGAACCCAAUAAUUCCGGAGGGAAGGAGGACUGUGUAUUCAUGAGACGCAGUGGUAAAUGGAAUGAUGCCCCGUGUAACAUUCAACAGUUGUUCAUCUGCUAUGGCAUAAAAAAUUCCAAGGAGUCUUUCCAUUUCAUUAAAGAGACUAAAACGUGGCGUGAGGCACAGAGUUACUGCAGAGAGUACUACACAGACCUGGCCAAUGUGAGGAACCAGACUCAGAACCAUGAGGUAAUGACAGAGGCUGCUGCUAAUGAAGUGUGGAUCGGCCUGUUCAGAGACUCCUGGAAGUGGUCGGACGGAAGUAACUCCUCAUUCACAUACUGGAUAAAGGAAAAGCCCAACAAUUUCGAAGGAAAUCAGGACUGUGCCUUGACAAGGUUGAAUAACUUGGGAAGAUGGGAUGAUAUGCAGUGUUACAUAAACAGUCCCUUCUUUUGCUACGGUGCUCCGGCAGUGAAGACACAGCAGGUGGUGAGAGUGAAGCUGACCCGAAAGGACCAGGACAUGGACCUGACUGAUCCUGCCAUUCAGGAGGCCAUCUUGCAGCAGAUAAGGAAGAAGUUGACUGAGAAGGGGAUUUCUGAUGACGUCAAACUGAGAUGGAAGAAGCAGCCCGAUGGAAAGAUCUUCCACAAUAAAGAAAAGGAGAAGAAGAAAGGAGGAGAAACUCAACUGAGUAUGAAGCUGGAACUGUAAACACUAUUACUGUAGACUAUGGGGACUUUUCUGACCAAAAUCCCAUUUACAGCCCGACUAGCCAAAACCCUGAAAACAAACCCUUACCGUAUCCCUAACGUUAACCAACCCCCUAACCCUGACCUUAACCCUAACCAACCCUCUAACCUUAACCCAAACCCUAACCCUAACCUUAACCAACUCCCUAACCCUGACCUUAACCCUAACCUUAACCAAUAACUUAACCCUAACCUUAACCAACCCCCUAAACUUAACGAAUCCAUUAACCCUAAACUUAACCUCAUUUUAACCAAACCCCUAACCUUAACCCUAACGUUAACCAACUCCCUAACCCUGACCUUAACCCUAACCUUAACCAAUAACUUAACCGUAGCCUUAACCCACCCCCUAAACUUAACGAAUCCCUUAACCCUAACCUUAACCUCAUUUUAACCAAUUAAGAAAUGAAAUAUAGUCUUUCACGUACCCUUCGUUUCUCCCAACUUUUAUAUGUUAAAAAAAAAACGUAUUUCUUUGUAUCCUGUUCUUUAUACUCAGUAGCCAACAACAGUUAAAUAUUAUUACUGACACAUUAUAAUGUCAAAUUGCAUCUGGAUUGUUUUCACACUUAUUGUUCAAACUAUAAUUCCAAGAAAUGUCUAAAUGUUUCAGCUUUCUUGUUAUUGAUUCAAUCUAUUUCUUCUUCUUGUGAUUUCUCAGUUUCUAACUGUAAACAACUACCUUAACAUGAAAGAGUGAGUUUGAAUUUACAUUCUGUGGGUUAAAGGGGAAAUAGUUGUAUCUCUGUGUUUAUUCUGUAGUAUUUUUUUCAGGUAGUUUUAAUGUAACAGUCCCCACAGGGAGAAUGUGUAAAUGGUUGAUUUAUUAUGUAAUUUGUUGAUUGGUUGAUCAGUUGAAUGAUUGAUUGGUUGCUUUAUUAUGUGAUUGAUUAUGUUUUGAAUAGUUCUGUGAUUUGUACAGCAUUAAAGAUGAUUUCACUGAUAA